AAGAUCUCGCAGGCUCCACAUCUCAGCCGCUUUUCGUUUUGCUGAGACACGCUGAAAUUUACGGUUUCGGUUGUGCCGGCUUAUAUAUCUUGACUUCGAGGCCAUGUCCACCCGGGACAGCGUGCAGAUUCCGGACGACCGAGAUUUCGACCACUUCCGGACGGAGUGCAAUUCUGACGACGGCUGGAACCUCACGUACAACAAGUCUGGGAUUGUCGUGUGGAUCCAGAUCCUUGAGGCAGAGAAAGCCCUGCACAAGAUCAAGUGCAGGAUAGAGUGCAAGGAUGUCGCGGCAGAAACCCUCUAUGACGUCCUGCAUGACAUCGAGUACAGGAAAAAGUGGGACACAAACGUCAUUGAGACCUUCGACAUCGGCAAGCUGACGGUCAACGCCGACGUGGGAUACUACUCCUGGAAAUGCCCCAAACCCUUGAAGAACCGAGACGUCAUCACCUUGCGCUCCUGGCUCCCCAUGGGCAACGACUUCAUCAUCAUGAACUACUCCGUCAAACAUCCCAAAUACCCUCCUAGGAAAGACAUGGUGAGGGCCGUCUCCAUUAAAACUGGUUACCUGAUCCAGGGGAAAGGAGAAAAGAACUGCAGCCUCACCUACCUGGCCCAGGUAGACCCCAAAGGUUCUUUGCCAAAGUGGGUGGUGAACAAGUCCUCUCAGUUCCUCGCUCCAAAAGCGAUGAAGAAGAUGCACAAGGCUUGCUUAAAGUACCCGGACUGGAAGCAGAAACACAACCCGCACUUCAAGCCCUGGCUGUAUCCGGAGCAGAACACCCUGGCCAGCCUGGCGCUCUCGGAUCUGGCCAUCCAGCAUGCCGACUCCCUCGAGAACAUCGACGAGAGCAGCCUCUCCGAGACCAAAGACGACCGGGGCGAGGCCAGCGACGAGGACAGCGUCAACUGAGCGCCGCCCAUCUGCCUCUCCUCCUCCCCAUGCGCGCACCCGGCCUUUGUUUUGUCUGUGUGACCCAGGCCUCGGCCAGCCGGGGUUCGCCGGCUCUUUCGGACUACAACUCCCACGGCGCUGGCUGGGCCUUCUGGGAGUUGUGGCUCAAAAGAGCGGCGGGGCCCCAGCUUGCCAAAGGCCGGGGUCACCAACGCAGUUUGUGUUUUCCGAAAUGAUACCUCCACGCCUGUCUGGCACGCUCAGUGGUGCAGGGGGGAGGAAAGCGGGUUGGGAUGGAUGACCUUGGGGGAUCCCUUUUUAUCCCACAGUUCUAUGAUCUCCACUCACAGGUGUAGCAAAGCACUCACUUGUCCCCUCUCUGGGUGUUUUGGACUAUAAUUCCCACCAGCCCCAACCAGGACAGCCUUAUGAUGCCCGGGCUUAUGACAGUGGCGGAGUUUGGGCUCUCAAAUUUCGGCGGCGCAUUGAACUGCGCCAAAAUCCAGUCCCCAUCCCACCCUGCCUCUUGCCUCCUGUUGCUUGUCAUUGUAGCGGCACCCAGUGCAGGCGAACUGGUCGCGCUCCCCUAAAUCCGCAUCUGGCUGGUGGGAGUUGUAGUUCGAAGCAUCCGGCUGGUGGGAGUUGUAGUUCGAAGCAGCCUGGAGGGCUCCAGGGCGCCAAAGGCUGGCGGAACCAAUGCAGUUUGUGACUUUUAAACCGGUCCCCUCUCCAGGCGCUUUGGGCCACAACUCCCACCAGCCCCACCUGAGACAGCCUUAAGACGCCGCGGCUGGUGGGAACUGUAGUUCGAAACAUCUUGAGGGUGCCCAGCUGGGGAAUGGGUGGCGGAAAUAAGACUUUUCCUUGGACGGCGAGUUGCAGACCAGACGCCCUUUCCCCUUUUGGGUUCCUUGUCCGCCCAAACGGCUGCUUAGGCGACAGAUCCCUGCCCUGCCCUGCCCUCGGUUUUAAACACACAUUUUAAACCGAGCCACAAUUGUGUGGGUGCUUUGCAACGGUUUGCAAAUGGAUUUGCAAAUGGGUGGAGAAGCAAAUUUCAAAUUUUCUGCUCCAGAUUGCUGCCUCCCUCUCCCCCAAGCACCCGGAUUUCAGGUCCUGGGCGUGGCUGGUGGGGCCCCCUUCCCUGCAAAUCUUGUCCCCCCGCGGAGGUAGCUGAAGAAAACACUCUGGACGCUCCCAGGAGCCUUGUACAUCUAUUCGUCUGGUUCAGUGGCUGCUAUUUUUCACUCUUUUCUGUGUUUCUCCAUAAUUGUUAUUAGAGCUGCCUCUUGAGGGUUGGGGAAAAGUAUUUUCUUUCUGGUGUGCUUGUGAUGGCCGUGGAGGGAGCUUCUGUUUUUGCAGGCGGGGUGUGGGGGCCUUUUCGCAAUAGGUUUGGGGGCCGAAGUCUCCCGCAGGCUUCCUCCUUCAAGCCUGUUGCCUUCUUUCUCUCCCUGCAAAAUCUGGAAGCCUUUGGCAGCCUUUGGCGUGGAAUUUAGCCACUCACAGAUCUGGGGUUUGAUGACUGUUUUAUUGGGGGGGGGCGGGCUCCUUGAAGCCUCUUUUGCAU